AUGCCGGCGGCUGGGGGACGAGGAAGCGGACGCGUCAUCAUGGUCUCCACUGGAUCUUCGGCACGCUCCGCUGCUCCUGUUCGACGAACACGGCGAGGGCAAGGCGACCGACGGCGGCGGGAUGUUCCUAUUGUACAGCAUCCCCAGCAAGCAAGUGCUGCGCAGGAGGGUGGGCGAGAUGAAGGAUCACCGAUACUGGACCGCGCCGCAGGGCUGGGUCCUCAUGGCGGCCCGCGGCGGCGCCGUGACUUUCCUGUGGGACCCGUUCAUCGGCGCAAGGAUCAGCCUGCCCCCCGACCGCGAGGGUUUCCUAGGAGACGACGACGGCCUCAAGAGCAAGAGGUGCCUUCUCUCGUGCAAGUCGCCAGUCCAUCAUCAUCGUCCAAGCCGCAGCUGCCUCGUCCUGGUCGUCGACUUUGCCGACACGGUGCUCUGGUACUGCCAGCUUGGGGUCAGAGGGAUGGAGAAGACGUCGACCGCCAGUGGCUGAAGCACGAGUACGGGACGGUCGACGGCAUGAGCCGCCUUGCCUGGAGUCUCACGUCCGUGGGUAACAAGUUCCUCAUGGACCUCGUCUGGCGGACGGACAAUUGCAAGGUUGUGACGCUCGAGUUCUCGCCGGAACCCCAGUUCACCGUGAUCCCCGUGGAGGCCGUGGACAGGGACAGCUGGCCCUGGCCGCCACAUAACGGCACUUCCAAAUAUGCGUGGGUAGAAUCACAGGGGUGCCUGUUCUACGUCCGCUUCUGCUAUUCAGACUGCUCGCUCGGCAAUCGUUCCAUUGUCAGCGUCGAGGUUUCAAAGCUUGAUUUGUUGGCACGGGCCUGGGCGAAAGUAGGGACGCUCGACGGCAGGGCGUUCCUGCUUGUUCAUCCUUGGAUCCACAUGAAGCCGGCUCCGGCUUGA